CACACAGUCAUGGGCCAUCCUGGGAUUCAGAGGUGGACCCUGUUUGUCUGCCUGAGCUGGAUGUUUGUGCAGGCGGUAGCAGAACCGCAGUACCUGGUAGCCAUACCUUCAGAGUUAGAAGCCGGGGCUGAGACCCAAUUCUGUCUGAGUCUCCUGCAGCCCAACAAGCCUCUGCUCAUCACUGUCACGCUGACCUCCGAAGAAGAGGAGACAAUCCUUCUAAACACGACAUCCAGCGUGGAAUUACAUGAAUGCUAUACGUUCCAGACUCCUUUAGUGAAGAAUUAUAAACGUCACAAUUUCAAGGUGAAGGUUGAAGGCGAUGAAUUCCUCUCGGAAGAAGUCAGGAAAGUAUUGGUCAAAGACUAUGGACAGAUGACGUACGUCCAAACAGAUAAACCGCUCUACCUACCUGGACAAACAGUGCAUUUCAGAGUCUUCACCCUGGACCACAAGUUCAGACCUGCUGAUGAGCUGUACAAUACCAUCGAAAUAAUGGAUUCAAGGUAUAACCGGCUCAGGCAGUGGGUGAACACAACGUCUAAUAGAAAAAUAUUGCAGCUGUCUUACUCCUUGAACUCUGAGGCUCGUGAAGGAGAAUGGAAAGUUCAAGUUGGGAUUGGUGAAAGAAAGAUAUAUCACAUAUUCAAGGUGGAGAAAUAUGUUUUGCCAAAAUUUGAUGUAAAAAUAAAAGCGUCCAAUGAAAUAUGCGUUGGACAGGAGGAAAUCGAAGUGGAAGUCUGUGCAAAAUACACUUAUGGACAACCUGUGCCAGGAAGUGUUUCGUUUAAGACGUGCCGACCUCUGAAACCACCCGUUAAACUUGAUAUCACAGAGCUGUGCUACAAGGAGACAAAGAAGACAGAACAGAACGGCUGUGCCAGGUUUAAUUUCGACAUGUCAACCUUCACAAAACUGGACCCAAAGGCAUUGUGGGAUGGUCUGUUAAUCAACGCUGUAGUGAAAGAGGAGGGAACAGGUAUUGAACAAUCACAGGGGAGAAUGAUGGAACUUUCUUAUGUGGUUGGAAAGUUGUUCUUUAUUGACACACCCAGGUUUUAUGAUAAAGGAUCAAUUGUGGAAGGAAAAGUUAAAAUGGUUACCUUCAAAAAUGAACCUGUUCCGGACAUGCCGGUCUAUUUGUUACAUGAUCGGUGGGGGAUACAGAACCUCAUGACUGACAGCAAUGGUAUCGCCCCUUUCACACUAAAUAUGACCAACUUUGAGAACAACAUCCUCCUCAAAGCUAGCCUGAAUGAAGACCCAGAUCAAUACAGUCGCUUCAAAGGUCCACGCUAUGAGAUUGGAAAUCACCAACUUUCCUUGGCGUUGCCGUCUUCUCCUGAUACUAAAUCAUCCAGCUCUCUGAAGGUGAAGACAAAGAACGACAAGCUUCCCUGUGACAAAGAGGACUACUUUUCCAUCCUCUACACUUUUGUGGGAGAUACCCGAAGUGUAGUGGAUGUGAUGUAUCUGGUGUUAUCCAGAGGAAACAUUGCCAUGCAAGGACAUCAAAAGGUGGAAGUGCAAAAUGAACCCGUGACUGAUGGGAAGAUCAUCUUUACAUUGAAAGUGACUCCAGAUUUAGCACCAGAGUUCCAGGUUGUAGCUUACGCUGUCCUCCCCAAUGAGAUUGUUAUCGCCAACAGUGCUAUCUUCCAAACCGAGAAAUGCUUCAGCCACAAGGUAUCCUUGGCGUUUUCUCCAACCUCAGCAAUACCAGGAGAGGGAACCACCCUUCAGGUGUCGGCCAAUCCGGGCUCUCUGUGUGGUGUGAGCGCUGUUGACCAGAGCGUCCUUAUCGAUGAGCCAGGGAAGACUCUGGAUGCAGAGAAGAUAUUUAAACUUCUGCCUGAGAAAAAAGACUAUGUUGAUGAUCCUAAACUAUGUAUAAAUGUGAAACGCACGAGAUCUACACACAGACGCCGUAGACGGAGCAGUGAAGAUGGUGGUCAUGAAGUUUUUGUGAAAUUGGGGCUGAAGAUUGUAACAAAUAUGUUUACCAGGAUGCCUUCAUGUUUGAACUUCAAGGGGAAAAUAUACAGCGAAGGAGGUUGAGAUGGCUUUUUUUAU